AUGGCAGAGUUGAGUGCCACAGCUGGGAAGAGGAAGUGCUCCCAAGACAUGCAAGUGGAUGAGAAGCUCGUUCCCAAGAAAGGUCUGAACUUAUGUUCCACUCGCUAUGGGGUAGCCUUUAUCAUACAUAUCUGCAACUUCAUAGCGACAGCACAGCUAGCUGUCAUAAGCAUCACCAUGGUAGCCAUGGUCAACAGCACGGACCAUCGGUUCCAGUUCAAUGGCUCCACCGAGGGGCUGCCUGGUGAUUCAUUUGGCGGCCUGAAUGAUACCCCAGCCAGUCUACCUGCAAGGGCCCCUGUGUACAACUGGAGCCCUCAAAUUCAGGGCAUCAUCUUUGGUUCUGCCAGCUACGGCAUGUUGCUGACACUGACUCUCAGUGGCUACCUGGCUGGAAGAGUAGGAACGAAGCGAGUGGUUGGUGUUUCCUUGUUUGCAUCCUCAAUCCUCAAUAUCUUCACCCCUCUGGCGGCUGAGCUUGGACUAGUUUCCCUCAUUGCAACUCGAAUACUCCUGAGCCUAUCCCAGGGAUCAGUACUUGGGGGCCAGUAUGCACUUUGGGAGAAAUGGGGUCCUCCCCAUGAACGAAGUCGACUCUGCUCCAUUGGUUUAUCAGGAAUGACACUGGGAACCUUCACCAUCAUCCUCCUGGGUGGCAUCAUCUGCCAAACCCUAGGGUGGCCUUUUGCCUUCUAUAUCUUGGGAGCCAUGGGCUGUGUCUACUGCCUUUUCUGGUUUGUUCUGCUUUACGAUGACCCUGUGUCUCACCCAUGGAUAAACGUCACAGAGAAAGAAUAUAUCCUGUCCUCCUUGGCCCACCAGAUAGAGGUCAGCCCUUGUAAGCAGCCUCUCCCCAUCAAGGCCAUGCUCAGGUCGCUCCCGAUUUGGUCCAUGUUUGUCUGCGGCUUCAGCCAUCAGUGGCUAAUAGUCACACUGAUUGUGUAUAUACCGACUUACAUCGGCUCUGUGUUCAACAUUAACAUAAGAGAUAAUGGGUUCCUGUCUGCCCUUCCCUUUAUCAUUGCCUGGGUCACUGGGAUGCUGGGAGGCCAUCUGGCAGAUUUCCUCCUGACCAAGAACUUUAGGCUCAUUACUGUGAGGAAAGCUGCCACAUUUCUAGGAAAUUUCCCAUCUUCAGUGCUCCUUGUGGUUCUGCCCUUCCUCACCCCCAGCUACAUCACGACAAUGAUCCUGCUAACACUGUCGUGCGGACUAAGCCCCUUCAGUCAGUCAGGGGUCUAUAUCAAUGCCUUAGAUAUUGCUCCAAGACAUUCCAGUUUUCUCAUGGGAACCACGAGAGCAUUCGCAUACAUCUCAGGAAUCCUGGCACCCUCUGUCAACGGGUUUCUCCUCAAUCAGGACCCUGAAUUUGGGUGGAGAAAUGUCUUCCUGUUGUUGCUCGCCAUUAACUUAUCAGGCCUGACCUUCUACCUUGUAUUUGGAGACGCAGAAGUCCAAGAUUGGGCUAAAGAGAGGAAACUCACUCGUUUAUGAAGUUCUCCCACCCUGAUAGGAUGGAAAUCACCAGGCACAUUCCUUCACAAAUGAGAAGCCUUUGGU